AUGAAGUUCAUUAUCCUGUUCGCCGCCUUUUUCGCCCUGGCCUGCGCCGUGCCCAACGACGUUGUGAUCAAGGAUCAGCGUUUGGAUGUUGAGCCCGAAAAGUGGUCCUUCAACUCGGAGACCAGUGAUGGAGCCAGCGCCCAGCAGAGCGGUGUCCUCAUCAAUCCCGGCAGCGAACACGAAUCAAUCGCCGUCAAGGGCUCGUACGAGCACAUUGGCCCCGAUGGCGUCAAGUACACCGUCAACUAUGUGGCCGAUGAGAACGGUUUCCAGCCCGAAGGCGCCCAUAUCCCAAAGGCUGGGGUUAAUGCAGUCGGUCAACUCUUUUUGAAUACCUCUACUUUGUUGCCUUCCCAACUGUGGGCACGAGAAAGAAUAAAUACCCUGCAAGACUCUAGGCUUACGGUUGUGAUGAUAUCUCAAAUGCAUUAUGAAACUCGUAUUUGA